UUUGAUUCUGAAUUAUUACAGAGUUCAAGGCGAAGGAAAUAACAUAGGGCACAUUUGAAUGAAGAAGGAAUGCAGUAAAUAAGGAUACACCGACUGCCCUGUAACUGGGAGUGACAGGAGUUGGGAACUUGAUGUUAACAAUGAAUAUGUAUGAAUCUCCAGCUCUCCUCUCCGUGACGUCGCUGUGGUCCCGGGCUGCGCUGAGCUGUGCUUCGCUCUGCCUUUAAUGCAGCGGGUACUGGCCGGUUUUUAACAUUGGCCGGUGCUGAGUUCCUGGCGAUAACGUUAAAACGGCGUCCGUUUUCAUAUCGAUACGGUGCCAGAUAAGGAUCUCGGGGAAAAAGGAAAAAAAAAGUAUCAACGCGUGGCCGUCAUGCAGCUGAGAAUAUCGUGCGCCCAGAAAAGCUCGUUUAUUUUAGUGAUCGCCUGGCUUUGCAGCGUCCUUGCAACCAGAGGGCACGGUGAUGGGACUAACCACCGAUACAAGAGAGUAAACAAGCACAAACCGUGGAUAGAAACAUCCUAUCAUGGUGUGAUAACAGAGAACAAUGACACCGUUUUUCUGGACCCACCACUGGUUGCACUGGACAAGGAUGCACCGGUGCGCUAUGCUGGUGAGAUCUGUGCUUUCAAGAUCCACAGUCAGGAUGUGCCCUUCGAAGCUGUGGUGUUAAACAAGACAUCUGGGGAAGGUUUGCUGCAGGCAAAAAGUCCAAUCGACUGUGAGCUUCAGAAAGAAUACACAUUCAUCAUUCAGGCAUACGACUGUGGAGACAGGCCUAGUGGAACUUAUUGGAAAAAAUCACACAAGGCAGUGGUAAACAUUCAGGUGAAUGAUGUCAAUGAAUACGCACCAGUGUUCAAAGAGACGGUGUAUAAAGGUGUGAUCACAGAAGGGAAGCUGUAUGACAACAUACUGCAGGUGGAAGCAGUGGAUGAGGAUUGCUCUCCUCAAUACAGCCAGAUUUGUAAUUAUGAAAUUGUUACGCCUGAUGUACCCUUUGCAAUUGACAGGAACGGUAAUAUUAGGAACACUGAGAAAUUGAGCUAUGACAGUGAGCACCAAUACAAGUUCAUGGUAACAGCAUAUGAUUGUGGUCAAAAGGAAGCAUCAGAAGAUGUAUUAGUCCAUAUUGAAAUUAAGCCAGUUUGCAAGCCUGGCUGGCAAGGUUGGAAUAAGCGUGUCGAAUAUAAGUCUGGCUCUGGCAGUAAAGUAUUGCUUCCCAGCAUCCACCUGGAGACCUGUGGUGAGCCAGUAUCUUCUGUGCAGACCGCCAUAGAACUUCAGACCAGCCACAUUGGAAAGGGAUGUGAUCGUGACACAUACUCUGAGAAAUCCUUACAAAAAUUGUGUGGUGCUUCUUCAGAGAGCAUUGACUUGCUCCCAGCACCCUAUGGUUUAUCAAACUGGACCUCUAGUCUUCUGAUGGACAAUGGCCAUGACAGUGACUUGAUCUUUAAAUUUGAUGGCAAACAUGCUGCGAAGAUUCCAGAUGGAGUGAUGUCAAAAAAUCUCUCCGAUCAAUUUACCAUCACAACGUGGAUGAGGCAUGGACCCAGUUCAGGAGUGAGAGCAGAGAAAGAAACCAUUCUCUGCAAUUCAGAUAAAACAGAAAUGAAUCGCCACCAUUACGCACUGUAUGUCCACAACUGCCGGCUGGUGUUCUUGCUUCGUAGAGAUUUCGACCAAGUUGACACAUUCCGUCCAGCUGAAUUCCAUUGGAAACUGGAGCAGAUCUGUGACAAGGAAUGGCAUUAUUACGUUAUUAAUGUUGAGUUUCCUGUGGUAACAUUGUACGUGGAUGGAGUGAUUUAUGACCCGUACCUGGUGACAGAUGAUUGGCCCAUCCACCCGUCGCACAUUGAUAUGCAGCUAACUGUUGGAGCCUGUUGGCAGGGUGGGGAAAUUUUAAAGCCUCAAUUUGCCCAGUUUUUCCAUGGUAGCCUCUCAGGUUUAUCUAUUCGUCCAGGCAAGAUUGAGAGUCAGAAAGUUAUCUCCUGUUUGCAGACCUGCAAAGAAGGUUUGGAUAUUAAUUCCUUGGAGAGCCUUGGCAAAGAAAUCAAGUUUCACUUUAAUCCUGCCCAGUCAAUCCUGGUCAUGGAAGGGGAUGACAUUGACACCAUAAAUCGAGCAAUGCAGUUGGUGGCAUACAUUAACUCAAGACAAUUUCCAACUCCUGGCAUUCGACGCUACACAAUAUCCACCCAAGUGCAGUGUUUCGGUGAGGACACUUGCAUCAAUGUCCCAGAUAUCGAUGGCUAUAUUGUGGUCCUUCAACCUGUUGAACCAAAGAUUACCAUUAGCGGAUUGGAUCAUUUUUCCAGACCAGCGUCAGAGUUCGAGAGCAGCAGAGGAGUAGUGCUGUUUCCUGGCCUAAGGAUCAUUAGCACUGUUAGAAGAGGGGGACGUGAAGACGGCAAAGCCCGUCAUCCUAGUGGACCUGAAGGGAUUGUUCACAACCUGGAUUACUGUGAUAUUUUGAUCACAGGGGAUGAAUUAAAUUCAGAACAGGAAUGUCUGGAACUAGAACCAAUUGAGUUGCAUGGGAAACAUCUUGAAUUCACAAAUUCCACCGCAGGGAUGUCAAUUUACGGCGUGGACACCAUGGCAAACUAUGAACAUGUUCUUCGCAAGCUCCGAUAUCGUCACUGGGAAACUGCAUCCAUUUUUGGUCGAAAGUUUAGACUUACAUGCUCAGAGCUCAAUGGACGUUACACGAGCAAUGAAUUCAACUUAGAGGUGAACGUUCUGCACAACAUUAAUCUUAUGGACCAUGUUAAUCAUGUGGUUGUUCAGCCUCAGUUUCUCCAGUCAAUCCAUCAUUCGCUGCCUGAUCUCCCAGGUCACAACCUUAAUACUGCUCAUAACUCAGCUAUUCCCAGUGCUGCAACUAUCGUCAUUGUUGUGUGUAUUAGUUUCCUAGUCUUCAUAAUUGUUCUGGGGGUCUUCAGGAUUCGAACAGCUUUCCAGCGCACUAAUCGUGAAAAUGAGAGUGGGAAAGAAAAUGAAAUGGAUUGGGAUGACUCUGCUCUCACCAUUACUGUUAAUCCAAUGGAGAACUAUGAAGACCUUGAGCACAGUGAGCAGGAGAGUGAGGAGGAGGAGGAGGAGGAGGAGGAGGAGGAGGAAGGUGAGGAGGAUGACAUUACGAGUGCCGAUUCAGAAGAAAGCGAGGAAGAAGCUGAGCAUGAGGAAGAUCAGCAGAAUGUUACCAGGAGGGAACAGCUAGAAUGGGAUGAUUCAACACUUCCCUAUUAAAAGGCCUCAAAUCUCUCAAGUCUUCAGAUGAGAUUUUGAUGUCCAGCAAAGUGGUAUGAUCAGAGUUUAUUUAGAAUACUGUUGAUGGUAAGUAGGGUGUGAAGAACUUUCAGGUUGUUUACCAAAUUAUUAAGUGAUUUGCAGUGACAUAUCUGGGUCCAAGAGUUGACAUUAGUUAUAAUGCCUGUCUUUCUUUUGUUAUAUCUGGGUGUUCAUUGUGUGGUUACCUGAAUGUUCUACCUUUGCACCAAGAACUAUUAACUUUGUGAAAUCAUGUACUGGUAUCUGUAAUUUGAAAUUUUCUGAAGUACUUUAUUUAUUUGUAAUAAAAAAGAAACUUUCUCUGGUGGGUCAUGCCAAAAUAGAGCAAAGGGAGAAAGUUAAAAAUGAAAAGUCAGUUUUUAUAUUUCAUGAUGUAAAUACCAUAUUUAAAUUAAGCAAAAGAAAGCAGUUGCUCAGAUGAUGUCUGCACCAAGGCUUAUCUGUUGGAAAAAAAGGUUAAGUUAAAUAAUGAUUAAUUUGCAUAACUUUUGAGCCACAAAAGUUUUUCCUCUACUGAGUUGUCAAUAAACUGUUGCUUGAGAUAGCAUAUUUCCUUUUAUUAGGUUUAGCAAGACAUAAUCUUCACAAAGAAAGUGCUGGACACACUUUUCUUUUAUGGGAGGGAUGAACAUAUUUAAUCUAAGGCAAGUGAUAAAGUUUGUUUGAUAUACUUGAUAAGUUCAAGUAAAAGGUUUCCCAAACAGCUGCUUUUUCUUGUAACAGCAUCUCUUAAACUGAUGAUUUACAUGAAGUAAUAGAGCUAAAGUGUUAUAAUGAUUGAUAAUAUGGUAGUUUCAUUAUUUCCCAAAAUGCCAGCAAAGGUAAGUCCUAAACCAACUCUUUCCCCUUUGAAAAUACAGUAUAGUAUCAAAACCCUCCUAUAGCAUGCAGACUGAGCCCAACGGGACCUGAUUUGGUUGGUAAGAUAUUUAAAAAGUCAUAAGUCCUUAGGCUUGAGUUGAUUUAUGAUUGGCCAUGGUCAUGUCAGGUUCAGGCUGGGUUUAAAACUUUAUAUCUGAGCAGAUCUGUGCUUUGUUCUCUUAUGCCAUCUCCAAAUCCAGUUGUAUAAUUUAAGCAUCCAUUUUAUUAAUUAAGAACUGUGAGUCUGACUUUUGUAUCUUUGUUGCCAGUCCACCAGAUUUUAUGGAUCCUGUUGGGUUUCUUUGGUGGCUUUUACCCUCUUCAUCCUGAUGCAUGAUAUUAAAGAUUUGAUUUCGACAGACUCCAGAGUCUCUGAGCUUUAUACCACUGUAAAGCUAAUAAGCAGAAAAAUAACCAAAACAUUGGGAUAAAAUAUCAGGGGAGCUCAAGUGGCAUUACAAAACAACUUGAGCUGCACUUUCAUUUUUAACUUCAUCUGUUCUUACUCUAGCCCUCUACAUGUUGCUCAAUGUAUUAGCCUUUAUCUCCCCCCAUUUACAUUGCAAUACUCAUUAUUAAAUUUAGGGAGUAAUAGCAUUUCCUUUAUUACAAUCUGAUUUCUUCAACACCAGGAUCAUUAAAUUCUAUAAAAAAUAAAUGUAUAUAGAAUUAUAAUUGUUUAAUUACUGAAGCAAAAAUUGAAGUAUUAAACUGGAAAGUUAUGUCGAUGUAGAUAACUGGAAAUUAAUGACAAAUGCAGCAUAAGCUAUUUUUUCACAUUUAGGUCAUUAAGCUUGAAGAACAUGUUUGCACAUUCUAUGAAACAUGGUUGCAGUUUAGUCACAAAAAUGCAUUCAAUGUGCAUAAUCAUGGUUCACGAUGGCUGUUUGUUGUUCAUUAAUAUUACUGAAGGCCUCAUCAUUUGAUUUCUUUUCCUAAGUCCCAGAACUUCUAAGUGUCAUAUUACUCUGAAAGAAUAGUUCAUUGGUUGUCAAUAAACACAUUGACAUUAGCAGGUACAGCUGAAGUUAAUGCUCAGUAUAGAAGCUGAGGAGGAAAAGACUGUUGUUCAUAAAAUCCUCCACCACUACAAAUUGCAGUAGAGAUAAAAAAUUUAAUUUUGAAGUUGUGAUUAUUGAUUAACUUACACUAAGGAACAGUUGUUAAUCACAGAGGCAAAUUUGGUCUUCAUUGUUGUACUGCUAAACCAGUCUCAAAUAUUUUCUUAUUACCUAGGAGGCCUUUUGGUCCAGAGUCGAUGCUGGCUCUCAGAGCAUUCCCAUCAAUCCCAUUUCCCUAUAACCUAUUCCUUCUCACAUAUCCCAUCAACUCCCAUCUGAUUCUCCUGCUGCCCACUUAUGGUAAUUUACAUCAGCCAAUUAACCUACCUACUGGGGCAUCUUUGGCAAUGUAGCGAGAGAGGGUCCAGGGGAGAGUAGGGGGAAACCCAUACAGUCACAGGAAGAACAUGCAAACAAACGUCACUGGAGCUUUACACUAACUGCAGCACCACAGUGCUACUGUUCCACUCAUUAGCAGUCCCUCAGCAUUGAGAAUAACUUCCUACCAUUCCAGUUGCCAUGGCUUCCAAGGUGGCUGGAGACCCAUAUGGAUCCACAGACUCUGCUACAGAUGGCACGAGGUGCUUUACAAGGCAGCUCGGUGGGUAACGUGGUGUCGUGUGUUCUUUGCCGCAUCUCUUGUAAAGACUCAAGGGGUGCUGUGCUUUCCAAAAUGCCACUUUUCCAGUUUUAGUGUUCACAGGCUAAGGAUUCCCAUGAGUCAGCGAGGAUGUUACCUUUGUUCAAGGAGAACAUCCUUGAAGUGUUUAUUUUCUGCCUUCUCUUUGAGUAAUAGAGCUCAGAAUAGAGUUUUUAUUUUGGGACGUUGAUGUCAGGCAUGCGGAUAACUAGAGGUGGUCGAGCUUGAUCAAAGCUUUGAGGCUGGGGAUGUUGGUCUGGGAGAGGACAUUGAUUCACCUCUCCUGCCAAUGAAUUUGGAGGAUUUGUGGAGACAGCAGUGGAGGUUUUUUUUCCAGUGCCCACAUUCUGAAGCAUACAGGAGGGCAGAGAAUCACUGCUGCUUGAUAGGUCUCAUGCUUGGUGAUUGCCUUGAGGGUUCUGGUCUUCAGCACCACUUUCCUUGGUUAGCUAAAGGUUGCAGUCCCUUUCACCGCUGCCAUUGCAUUUCCUGAGAUGUGGUUUCCAUGACAUGGAAAAUGAUCCACGUAUUCUCGUGCCUCUUUGAGGAUCUAGAUUGUGCAAGAGGGCAGUGUUGUACGGUAAGGAUGGGUUGGUAGAAGACUCGUGUCUUCCUGGUGUUUUUGCAGACUGAUCUUCUUGGACCUCUACCUCUAAGGGCACACAGAUAUCUGCAUAUUUUAAGUCAGUAAUUGAAGCUGGGGAGAUCUUAGAUUUGGAGUGGAGACAAUAAAAGGUAAACUCAGCAGGUCAGGCUGCAUCUAUUGGAGGGAAAUGGAUAGUUGAUGCUUCGGGUCAAGACCCUUCAUUUGGACUGAAAGAUAGAGGGAAGAUAGCUAAUAUUGAGAGGUGGAGGGAAGGGGUGGAGCAAGAGCUGGCAGGUGAUAGGUGGAUCCAGUUGGGGGUGGGGGGGUGGUGGAGAGGAAGAGUGGGAAUGGUGUCAGAAGCUGGGAGGUGAUAGGUGAAGGUGACAAAGUGCUGAAGAUGAUGGAAUCUGAUAGAAGAGGAUGGUGGAGCAUGGAAUAAAAGGGAGGGAGGUGGAGAAGGGACUCAGUCAGAGAAGUGUGUACUGAUGAGCAGAUAGAGAGAGUGGGGGAGGGAAGGGGAAAUAGAGAGAGUGAUGGGGCCAGAUGGAUCAGGAGGAGAGAGAAAAGGGGCAGAGGGGGAGCAGUUCCAGUAACUGCUCCCCCUGGCAGUCAGUGCUAUAACUACAAUUGGGCUUUUCAGCUUUCAUGAAAAUGGUCGUGAUUAGUUUCUCCCCAAGACACUCUUUCAAACUUUCCUUUUCCCAGAUGAGGGAGAUGAAGUCAUGAAUUUAUGCCAGAAAUACUUCACUAUGCUUUUAUAUUUCAGGGGAGAUUUCAGCAGUUCCAAAGAUUUGUUCUGUUGUUUUUUUCAAUUGUUGAAUGGCUUUUUUGGAUUGAGAUAGCAUUCAUAUUGUACCAGGUACCCUCCUGUGGGAUGGUGUCAAGGACAUUCAAAUCAAAGGCACAAUCUCAGCAGUGGAGGUCUUUGAAGGGUUCGUUCUAAAGGGCACCUCCCACCUUGUUGUUCUUGAUGAUUUCCCUGCUGUUCUUGGCUUUCAGAUAUAUGGGCCCUUAAUUGGUGGGUUGCAGAUGUUCUUGUUAGUGUUGAAGAAUCCAAGCACAUCAUGGUUAAUGGUUGCUGGCUGCCCCAGGAGCUUCUAAUCUGCCAUUAGUUCUUUAAGUCACAAGUAUUUUAUUGGAGCUUGGCCUUCAGAUGCUUGCAGAGCUUUUUAUUUCUGCUGUUGUGGGAUGAUGGGAAUUUUAUUGGAUUUUCUUUGGUUUUUUACAUGAGUUACUGCCAGCAUGUCAUGCCCUGGAUUGUGUAGUUGCUUGCAGUAAAGCUUUUCCAUUAAAGGAAGAGAUUGGAUAAACUGGGUUUGUCUGUCUUGGAGUGGAGGAGCUCAGGUAGAGAUAAAUGGAAAUAUGAGGGGCAUAGAUAAGUAUCCUACUACCUAAACUAACUUUGGCAGAAUUAUCUUAAACAAGAGGACAUAGGUUUGGAGGGGAUCUGAGGAAGAAUUUUUAUUGGAAUCUGGAAAGCACUGCCUGAGUGGGUGAUGGGAGGCAAAUACUCACUCACAAUAUUUAAGUAGUAUUUGACAAGCACUUGAAUUGGCAAGGCAUAGAAAAGUACAGAGCAAGUGCUGGUAAUAGUUGGGUACUCAAGUAUCAGCAUAGACACGGUGGGUUGAAGGUCCUGUUUUUGUUUAGUAUUGGUCUGUGAGUAUGUAUGCCAUUCUGACGAUCUUAGUAAAAAUAGACCUCUGCUGGCAUGUAUCAAGUAACUGAUCGAGUUGAAUCAAGUAAUCUUACUUACAGACUGUAACUGAUAAAUGCUAAAGAGCAACAUUUUGUAAACCAUUUUGAGACAUUAAUCCACUGAUAGUAAUCCACUGCCCUAAUUAGUACCAAGCAUCUGCCAAAUGAUACAUUUUACCAAAUUAUCAAAAUAGUUGCAUUGCCUUCAUAUUAAUCCAGUUCCCCAUUAAUUUACUGUAAUGAGUAAGCAGUGCCACCACAAAAAAUAGCUUGAAAUUAAACUAUUGCAGUUAUAACUAAAUAUGUAUUCUAAUCCUUGAUAGCUAUGUGUUCAUCUGAUACAGUAAAACUCCAAUCAUCCAGUACCCCUUUCAACCAUGGUGGUGCCAGACUAGCAGAUUUGCUGCGAUUAUUGGAUGUUACUCCUAUUAAUAUCCCCAACACACUUUAAAUUCCUUUGUUUUACAUUACCCAGUAGUGUAAUAAACAUUCCAGUGGCCCCAGCGUUGGAAGGGAACAUGGGAAAUGGGGCCUCCAUGAGGUUCAACUUGAACCAUACAAGUACUUCAGACCCUAGCAUGUAUUCCAUACUCCUGGUGUUCCCAGCCCCGAGUCCAACUCCACCUGCACGCCCCACCCCCACUGCCAGUAAUACAUGGUGGACCUCAUGAAUAUACAGAUCUGCUUAUAGUAAAUCCAGGGUUAACGAGAACUUGGUGUACUAACAAGUGAGCCAGAUGCUGAAUCAUGGGAGUUCUAAAGAAUCAGAUUGUCAGAGUUUUAUGGUAUCGUAAUAUUCUUUACACAUUAUCAAUAUUUGAAUUAGCCUUUGUUUUUAAAUAAUUUAUUACAAGUUUUCAAUUAGCUCCAUUAAAACAAAAUCCAGUUUAACUUUAGAUCAAUAGAAUUAUGUGGGGCAUAUAUAGGACAGAUCAUCAGAAUCUUUUUCCCAGGGCAGUGAAGUCUGGAACUAUAGGGCACAGAUUUAAAGUGAAAGGGAAGAAAUUUAAAAGGAGAUUUGAGGGGUGGUUUUCACACAGAUGGUGGUGAAUAUUGGAAUGAGCUGCCAGAAGCAGAUACAAUUACAAUGUUUAAAAGGUGUUUGGGCAGGAAAGGCAAUAGAGGGAUAUGAGAAUAAUGUAGAAAGGUAUCACAGUCAGCAUGGACAAGGUGGGCCAAAAGGGCCCAUUUCUGUGCUGUACAAUUCAAUGAUUUUAUGAUUCAAUGCAGAUUUUAAAGUAGAGAAGUUAAUGAGACAGUUAUCAACUGAUUACACACAAAAGGAGACUUUUUUGUAACUGUUAGGAGAAAAUAUCACUCGAAAUAUGUAAUUAUACCAAUGAAAAUUUUGUUCCUUGAAAAGCAAAAGUAUAGAACAUCAAUUUAAGAGUCUUAAAGGGUUAAGAUUAGAAAUGAUGAGCUACAAGUCAUGUCAAGCUGAUUGAUAAGAAAUUGGUUAGGAGGUAGAAGACAGACACAAGGGAAGAUGGGCACGCACUCCAAUUGGCAGGAUAAAACUAGUGAUGUUCCCCAACAUUCAAUGUUAGGGUAUCAGCUUUUCAAAAUAAUUGUUAACAGCAGUUGCAGGAAUAGAAACCAAGACUUUUGUCAAUAGCUCAGUAAAUAGAGUGUGUGUAGAAAGUUGCAAAAGAGCCAUUAAAGGACUGAGAAAGUGUAGUAGAUGGUAUUUUGAGUAGGGGAAGUGUACUUCAUUCACUUUGGACAAAAGAGAGAGAGUGACCAAAAUAUUUUCUAAAUAUUGAAAAGCAGUGGAGGAGAAAAGAUACUUCAGAGUCCAAGAAAUCACUGAAGGCUCAAAGGAAGGUACAAAAAAAAUCUGAAAGAAUUGAAUAUUGGCAUUUAUCACAAGAGCUGGGAUACAAAGUGGAAGUCGUACAAUUAUACGAGUUUGUGCUUUGCAUUAUCUGGGAGAAAUGUAUUCAGUUCUGACAGCUGCACGCAGAAAGGAGUCACGAGUCACAAGGGAUGCAGCACAAAUUCACUACAAAUGGUACCAGCAAAGGGGUCAAAUUUCAAGGACAAUUACAUCAACUUUAUGCGUUUCCUUGAGUACAAAAGAUUAAAGGGUAAUCUAAAUGAGGUGUUUGUUAAAAGGAGACAAUAAGGUUGAUGGAGAGAAACACUAGCCUAGAAAUUAAUCACGUAACCCUGUUCACCUCAGCAGUACGCAUUUGCAGCAAAACUUUGGACAGAAUGAAAUGUGAUAACCACAACUUCUGGGUUUUUUUCCCCCCCUCACUCUGGAAAUUAAACUAAACUCAUCUUUGGAUGUAAAGUUUCUGUACCUGAUGCAGUUUUAAAAUUUACCAGAGUAACCAUCCCGACUAUUUUUCACAGGCAGUUCCAGAUUGGUAUCUCUUUCAGAUAAUGCCCAUGCUGGUGUAUUGUAACUUGGGUAACCACCCUCCCAAACCCAGUGAUCUAUGCGACUGAUCCCCCAGGCCCUGCUUACCUGUGCCACUUUGCUAGCUCCCCACGCAUCUUUGUGUUCACAAGCAUUUGCACACCACUAAUGUAGUAAGACAGACAUAUCAAAAAAUUGCGAGAAGGAUGAGAUGGAACUGAAUAGCAGCACAAAAAAAAUUUACAACAGCCCUAUCUAUGUGUUGAGGACAGCAUCAGCUUCAUAAGGCAGCAUGGCACCUGGAGGCUCGGACUGUGUGGUGAAUACAGUGGCUAACCCUGAGCAUACUGUAUAUCAGCAAGUGUGGGCACUGGAGAGCAUUACAGCAGUACUGCCUUGGUUGGGAUGGGAAACUGUGUGGGUUGACAGGUUCCCAGGGUGAGUGCAGUGGGAAAGGACCAGAGCAAAUCUCAUAAUAGAAGAUUAAGUCAGAUACAGCAUAAGCAGAUGGGCAACUUAAGGGAUAUGUAGAUAUUGAGACUAGAGUGCUCCCAAUAAGCUUUAACAGUGCAGGAAUUGCAGUACAAAAGGCACUGCAGUAAUUUAAUGAGUCAGAGUUAUGGCCAUUAAUUUUAAUGAGUGCCUGUACGGUGGAAAAACAUUGCACACUCUGGCAUGACAUCAUCCGGUUGGUGGAGAAAAGAGCACAGAAAUGGCUUCUCAGAUCCCAUUGAAUGUAUUGGAAAUCUUGGUGUAUGAUUAGAUGUGUGAAUCAUUAAGUUCAUACAGAGAACAUAUGGAAAUGAUUUUUUUCCCCAGAGCUAACAGUAUAGUAAUUAAUGGUAAUAUUGAAAAAACACAGGCACAGAACAAUGUUAUUAUAGAGCACAAGGUGGUCAUUCUUUUUACUGAGGAUUCAUAUCAAACACUUCAUUUGCAAAUCUUGUAACACCACAAACUGAGUUCAGUGAGACAGUUCAAAACCUAGUUGGAUUACCUCAAUCCCAAACCAUCAAAAAUUGGUGAGAAUUACAAGGUUUGGAACUAGGAAUCAGAAGCAGUCAGAUAAGACUGUUAGUGAAUAUAUUGGCAUGUGGAAAGAUUUCCAACUUUGAUGAUUGUCUAGAAUGUGUGCUGCACGAUGGAUUUAUUUGAUGAUUGAAUCAAGGUUAUUAAAAACAAAGAAUCUCACAUUUGGUCUUGUGUGCAUAAUUGGAAAUGCAUCAAGAAAUGCUGAAAAAAAAAUUGUCCAUUGCAAAGUUCAAAUAUACUCAUGGUCUAUAGUCAUAGAACUGUGGCAAAGCUAACAGAUUCAAAUCAGAGUCCAAAGAGUGUGGUGAGACAGGGACAAAAUGUGGAAGGACCAAGUAGAGCAAGUUUUGAGUAAAUUAGAAAAGAAUGCAUUUGCAGUGAAGAUAAUUCAGUGACAAACACUACCAACUGCAAUUGUCCCUAAAGCAGGGGAUUACAAAGUGAUGUUGAACCGAACAGUUGAUGAUGAGCAGUACUCUAUAUGCUGAGUUGGUAGGAGCCAAACUAGACCUGCCAGAUGCAUAUUUAGAUGAACGCGGAUAAGGAGAGUCAGAAGUAUUUUACAACUAGCACUCAUAAGCAUCCUACACCAAUUACCUUGUGAUGUGAAAUUAUCAAUGAAGGCUUAUCAUGCUACAGUUGACAUGGUAAUACAAGGUACAGAUCAUCAUCUUUGCAAUUAAGUACUAAUAGCCAUAAAUACAGAGGAGAAUCCCCAAACAUUGGAAAUUAUCAGGCAACUACCUGAACACAAUACAAGCCUCAAAAGGAGUUAAUGUACUUCCAUUCAAGCAGUAGUUUAUCUUGGAUUGAAAGUGCAUGCAAUAGAUUGCAAUCAAAAAAGCACCAACAAACAUAAGGUUGCUCAAGGUUAACAAAGAGACAUUAAUGAACAAACUUCUAAUUCAGCUAUAGAACAUGUUCCGUAGCAGGUUAUACUGCUGCACAGAAGAUUCAUAAUGUAUUAUUGAGCUUUUAUCUUGAGGAGAGUGGAAAUGUUUAACAGUUAAGGGCAAAAUCAAAAUUAUGGUUCGAGUUGUGGAGGGGGUCACUUUAAACAAUUUGCUAACAUCUCUUUGUUAACACCAAGCAAAUCUAGCAUUGGGAAAGGGAUGUUGGAGGAACAGCUGAACUGUGUGGUACAGGAGAUUAAAUCAGAAGUGUACACAUAAAUCCCAAAAGAUGAAUAAGUGAAUAUAGAAUGCAGUUGAGUGUAUUUCUGAAGUUGAUCCAGUGGAGCCUGUGAAAGAAAUGACACAGGUUCGACUGCAGUGAUUCAAGAAAUGAAACUUCUCUCAAGUCAAGAAGUUGAUUCAACAACGACAAUAUAUGCUUCUAUGAGAAGAUGAAAGAUAUCGUAAGAACCAGUGAAGAGGUUAAAUCUGUAAAUAAUGUGACUAUGUGAAUCACUCCCAAACAGGAGAGCAAAUUGUAGCUUAUGUAAAAGGAUGUUUGGGAUAUGGGAUGACAUGCAGCAGCAGGGGAGGGUAGGAGUUGGUGAGUGAAUAAAUGAGUUGCACACACUUUGUUAUUUCACCAUUCUACACAACUUCUUCUACAAGACUCACAGUUGGACCAGCAUGAAACACUUACAGCACAACCAUCAUCCCUGCCCUUCCUCUCCAAACCCGAUCCCAAUAGUCUUGUGCCUCAGGUAUUCAUAAGGUUUCCAGCACUGAUUCCCUCCCACUCCACCAAGUGUGCUGUGCAAAGCCCAUGUAGCCUGCCUCUGAUCUCUUGGCUUGUAGCUGUUAGUGAGGGAGUCAAUGAAAGGAAUAAACUUAAAAUUAAUGCUAGGUAAAGCUAUAUAGAGUUAAUGACAAAGGAUUUAUUCACAAAAGGUAAUGGAAAUCUUGAAUUCCCUCCCUCCCUAAAACAUUGUUGGGACCAUCUCAACUGACGGUUACAGAAUGGAGACAUAUGUUUUUGUUUGAUCAUUGUAUUAAAGGAUAAGAAGUUAGGACAUAAUUAGAUCAAGGCCAUCUGAGUGGGGGAGCACAUUCAAGGCGUCAAAUAACCCAUCCCUAAAAUUCUGCUAUGGAUGUCAUAGAUUUAGGUUUGUAUCCCAGAGUACCUGUCCACAAUUUGCACAGCGUCUGUGCACCAUUUGUCCCAUGAACAACAGCUUCUGUUCCUCAGUGUAGUGCUCCAAGUCAUCAUAGGUUGAUAUGAAAGUGGGACACAAAUGAACCAUAGAGUAUCACAAUGGACUGAGCUGACAAUUUUUACUCAGUAUUCAUUACAUUUUAAUGUAAAAGUAGUGAUAGGAUGUUGUGAUGUAAUAAUUCAUAAUUAAAGUCUCAUCUUCAUGAUGCUUAAGACUAACAAUUUAAUUAUGGGUUUAAAACUGAAUCAGUAUUGUGCUAAAAGUAGGCAGAGAUUGUUUUCACCAUCUGUAGCCAGUAAUAAAAAAACAAUCAAUCCCAAUCUUUAUAUAGAAACAACUUUCCACAAUCCUUUCAUUUAAUAAAAGUUUCAGAUCACUAGCUCCAGUAUAUCUGUAUGUGUCACUUUAUGCACAAAAACUAUUCCUGAUGCAACUGCUUUAAAAAUCAGACACAAUGAUAACAUAGCCUCAAGUAAGCACAAUCCUAAAACCAAACCCUGGACUGAGGGAUAAGACUGUAAACAGAUUUACUUUUCUUUUAACUUAUCAAAUGCCAAUUGAUUACGUCAGUACUUCACUAAAGCUGAAUCAAAUAAUUGUUGCUUGUGUGUGGACUUUGUGUAUAUGCAGCAAAAAAAAUUUAUUGAUACUGCUGUUAUAACUUUCUAGUAUUGUGCCUGUUGUCAUUUUAAGUUUUAUUUUUUAGCAGCUUGAGAAUUGCCAUCCUGUACAGCAUAAAAUGGAUGCCUGUUAUUGUACUGCUGCAGUUUUCUAUGCUAAAAUAAAUUUGUGAAAAAUA